GCCCAUCAGCAAUCCAAAUCCCAUAAACAAGUCCCGAUUCCCACUCAAUUAACAACUCGAUAACCAGUUAGUCAUAACUGACGAAUCUUUGCGAGGUAAAAAUAUGGAUUAUGCUAAAUAUAUCUAACAGUAUCUAUGAAGUUCAACUUGGGUAUCUAAUGAACAUUCUGUUUCUAAUUCCUGGAUAUUGAUGCUUAAGGUAAAUGCAGUUAGAAGUUUUGGUUACCUAAAAUCAAUCAAAUCAACUUGUAACGAAAUUGUCUAUAAAUGUCUAUAAAAAUAUAUAUGUAUAUCUAUAUAUUACGAUUUAUAGUAGUUCUAACAAUCACGUUGGUUCAGCAUUUUGAGGCACAUGUAAAUUGAACGCCUUAAACCAAUCAGCAUUUUCUUACGCGUUUUUUGCGCAUUUGCGCUGAUUGAAUUGAUUUUAGUUGUUGUUCUUUGAUGAUUUUGUUUAUUGCCGCGUAAAUAUGUGUACAAUAAUUAUUUACACAACUUAUUGACAAUCAGGAGUUUCGUUUCGUUUUUGGCAUCUCGGUCUCUCUGAUUCUGAUGCUGUAUCGCUGGCUUGGCUUUUUGUUUGCCUUCGAUUGGGAAAUGAGAGGGGGAAUCCGGAGGUGGAAAUCGGUAGAUGCUAAUUGAAUCGCAUUUGUAAAGCUCCUCAAAAGUGUGAGUGUUUUUUUUUAUUUUUUUUAUUUUUUAUUACCUUACUGCCAUGUGAGUGUGUGCGAGUGUGAACCUUUUGAGGAAGUAAUUUGAUUGUGUCUCUUGAUUUUUUUGCGAUGAUACAUGCAUUUGUUAUCGUUUUUUCCCUCCGAGAAUUUCCUGCCAUAAAGUCAACUGAAGUUGAUGAGCCGGCUAAAUCACAAUCAAGCGUCCUUUCUUACUUGGUUCAUCUAAGCGAUUGACUCACCUGCAUUUUUUACCUUUUUACAACUUUUUUUUAUCAGCCAUUGUGGGUGGAAUCAUUCGACGAAGUGCUAAGAGAACAGGAACAGCUGUGACACUUGUUAAUUGGGAUUGUCAAGUGAAAUACUACAUUGACAGCAAUGAAAACAGAACCGAACACAAAAAAGCAUGCAAAUUUAUAGAGCAAACAAUAAUUUUUUGCAUAAUUGACUGCGUUGAGGAAUUUUGCGAUGAGCACGUGCCUCUGGUGAAAUCGAUCUUUAAUGAAUAAUGCUGUGACAUUUAAUGGGCUAAAACAAAUAAUGGUAGAACUAAUGGAUAUCUAUAAGUGGUAGAGUAAUCCCAUUUAAUCACCAGUGGUACUUUAAAGCAGAUAAACAAAUCGAAUCAGCUUCCCUCGAUCUUGCGAAUUGUUUGUUGACUGUAACGAAAUUUAGUUUUACUUGAUAAGAACACAGCUGUUCGACAACUUCAAGGUCCAAUGGUGCCCACUUAUCUUAUAUAUGUAUGUACUCACUCUAUAUAGUAUAGCUUUAUCUGUACGUUGGUCAAACAUGAGUACGUUACGAUCUGAAUACCAAAUGAAUAUCAGUACGUAUGUAUGUAUGUAUCUGUAUUGCCUUAGAGCUCGUGGCUUAUCUCUCUUAAGCGCAUUUUGCCAAUAAUUCACUAUUAUCAAUGGAAAAUGGCAAAAGUUCACUUGUACACACAAAUUUGGGUGCACAUCGCACACAUGCGAGCCUACUUAAGUAAAUAACUUGAAUAAUAAUUAUUUGCUUAAACCGAAGGAGCCGCAGUGCCAUCGAUAAGAAAGUGUGCGAUACGUACUUUGAUCCGAGUAUCGUAAAAACAAACCAUAACCUAGUUUACAUGAUUUUCUCUAGUGAAAAUCUUAUAGGAAUAAACCGUUUUAUCAUUUCUAAGCUUAUAUAAAUAGUAUUAAUUGAUUGCUUUCUUUGUUUAGAGUUCUACGCUCUCUUGAUCGCUUUCAUGUGCUGUUUAAAAUUGAAUUUCAGUUUACUUUCUUUGUGUGCGGAAUGUGUUCGCACUCAAUUGGCAAGUUUUAGUUUAAUUGAAUUUUUUCUGUAGUUGCCUUGGCAACUGUUUUAAUGCUCCAAUUGAUGCAAUUAAGCACCAGCCAUGCAGUGUAGCCACUUUAUAUUCCUCUCGUGUUUUUCACAUGGAGAAAAGCAGGGGACUUUUUGUGCUUUUAAAAUGUAACUCUUAAAACGAAUUAAAAAAGAGGAGAACAUCAUAUACUGCAAAAGCUUUUACCCCAUAAAAAAACAACGUACCUGAAAGUAGGCAACAAUUUAUAUAGAAAAGGAUAUAAUUAAAUGAAGAAAGUCCUUGUUGGGUAUUAUAAAUCACAUUUUAAAGUUUUAAAGACUAGAAAAUAUUUUAUACAUUUUUGUGUUUAAUUUAUAUAGAAAUACGAAUUGCAAAUUUGAGUUUGAAUUGCUUAAAAGUACUCUGCAAUUUCAAAGGCGUAGAUGAGAUCUGCGACAUUCGGCGAAUUUUUCUCUCGGUGCAGCCCUACGCUCUACCCGUCUCUUUCUGCUCAAUUCACACCGUCUUGCUCACAUUUGUUGAUUGAUCUUUCGCUAUGGGCAAAUAUUUAAGCUGCCGUCUGAGCGUUGCCUUUUGGCCAGCAGACCGAAAACAUGUUUGAACAUCUAACACGCGUCAGACCGAAAACAAGCGGGUGCGAGCGGGAUGGGAAUGGUGUGCGAGCGAGAUGGCCGGUUGAAAUCGUUUAACAAUUUUUAUUUACUUUUUUAUUAACAAUUUCGCGGCUUUUUGCAGAUCACCAUUGUUGUGUCUGCGGUUUUUAUCAUAUUUUUCGAAUGUGUGUUUACAAAACCCCAAAAAUUAUUAUGCGCACUAAAUCUAAGGUCGACCUUAUGCUUUUCCCUACCAUUUUCAUAGUAUAUACUCUCAGUAUAGAUAGUAAUAAAACUAUGCUCUAUCUGGAGCAGAAAAAUACCACCCAUACAUGGGCAUUCAUUCCAAUGAUAACCAGAAAUGUUAUCAGUGAAGUUGCUUCUUCUGCUGAUUUUUCCUUCACGAUGGUUUGUCAUCGCAAGUAAAAGUAAAUUCGCAAAUCAGUCACGUGCGUUCGCCCUCUCACUCGCACCGCCACACCCACAGCGGAGUGCGUGGUGGGCGUAAGUGGGUGGGGGUCUGGCGGGUGGGAGGGAGACGGAAGACAAACAGCACGCGCCAAGUUAAUGCUACCCGAUUUGACUUUGCAGGCGAUAGCACAACAAAUAAUAAAUCAACAAAAACUCAUGUGUUUCCUCCGCACAAACAGUCAAACUUCAUUACCAAGCACUUUUGUAUGACCAGCAACUUUAAACGUACAUAAAGAACCAUAAUUAGUUAGUUUACAGUAAAACACUAAUACAGGGAACUUCACUAUAUAACAUCAUUCGAUUGAUUGUAUUUAGUGAUUUAAAGUCAACUGCAUGUAGAUUUAUAUAUAAAAUAUACAAUACAUUUAACUAGCAUUCUUUUGCUUUCUGUAUAUACAAGUUCUAUUUAAGGAAGGCCCACUGUAUUUCCUUACCAACGUUUUGGUAGUCGAUUGAAACUUGAUUAGCGCGCCAAACAUUUGAUCGUCAUUUGAAGUUGGAUUGAGCAGGUGGAUUUCCCAUGUAUGCCAGAAGCACUGAUUAGGAAUUGGUUAACCACGCAAGUGGUCCUCAAGCCACGACCCCGUUUGCCCCAUUUUCCAUGGGCAAUUAAGUAGGCCUUGACAUGGAAACAGUAAUUGUGCUAAUCGAUACCGCUACCGGUUGGAAAUCUGUACAAUUCCGCCAAGCCAAAUAAAGUUUACUGACCCCUUGCAGAAGCAUCGAAUAUUUGGCACAGCAGCCGGAAAAGUGGAGGUGGGUAGAGGAGGGGAGGGGAUAGGUGGCAACGAAGGAGGUCGCAUAUCGAUUAAACACGUGGAAAGAGUGGAUGGGUUGAUGGGUGUGCUGGCAACACGUUUGAUUACCGCGUGUAAAUAACAACAACCCAACGAGCACUGCAGAAGUUGCAAGGACUCUUUCCUUGGAUAUUGUGCAACAAUCACAUGCUACCGAAGCCCCAAAUGCAAAGUCCAAAAGACGAUGAACAAAAGCCAACGGCUCCAAGGGCUCAAGCGCCGGAAAAGCCCACUCGCAAGCGGAAUCAAGUUAAAAUUCCGCCCAAGAUCAGGGCCCCAAAACCAACACCCACCGCUGUUCUCUGUGAAUUGACUCGCCUGAAGGCGCAGCAAAAAUAUCUCGAAUGCAAUCAAGUCAAGCUGAAUCCGAAUAAUUUCAUACUCAAAGAUGACGAGGAUACAGCUCCUUGCGAAGAGACGGAAACUGGUCGAAAUCCACGACCAAACAGUUCCUCCACCGCAGAUCUAAUAAGUUUAAUCAACGAAAUCGAACAGGAGAAACUGGUGCUCAAUGAAAAGCUGAAGCUAUAUUACAGCGAAAAGCGCGGAGAGCUUCAGGAUAUGUGGCACUUUGUGGCCACCAUUAAGGAGGACGUCUUUCGGCCCGAACGUCUUAGCCAAUAUACAGUGAAUGCUUUGCGAGAACGAAUUGUUGGCCUAAAUGCCCAAUUGUGCCGCUUGGCUGCUCAGAACUCAAAGGAGCUCGCUGAAUUGAAGGAGCAGUACAAUCAAUUGGAAAGUGAAAAUAAGCUGUUGUGGAAAGGUAGCAUGUAGCAUAACAGUUUUCAUAGAUAAUAUUGAUUUAAACUCUAUAGUUAAAAAAUUACAAAAUUUUCUUGAAGUUAAAUUCAUUGAAAUUAAGUUUAAUAAUGGUUCUCACUAAAUUGUCUUAGAUUUAUUUACUUUGCUCAUCACAAUCAUCCCAAAAAUUUAUAUUGUACUGUAUUGUAUUGUUUUUAAACCAAUAAAGAAAUACUUGUAACUUG